AUGUUUGUAAACGGUGUCGAAUUUAUCAGUUCGCGCUUGAAUAACAUUCGUUUGGAUCCAUUAAAUAUUGACUCGACCAUGCAUCCAAAUACAGAGAAGACUGAUGUUUGCGAAAAAAGCAAAACUCCACCGCUUCUGCACCUUACACCAUCAGGUGCCAAUCAGCGGAGAAACGAGAGUAGUCCGCAUCAGAAGGUCGACAACCCCUGGUUGUUGAAGCCACAACAUGAAAUACCACCCACGCCUCCGCCCCAAGUCGACCCAAAACGUGUCAGCUUCUUCCAACAAAGAAUUGGA